GCAUUGCAUUUUCAAGAGAGUAAUCACUAGCCAUCAUAGAAGAAGCUCUAUAGCAACAUUUCUUUGUUGAGUAGAGGUGUAGAAUACAAAAGGGUUGUUAUGGCAGCGGCGCGAUUUCAAAUUAUACUAUUGUUGGUAGCAUGUUUGCUUCCAUUUUCUGUUGAUGCUAUCGUUCGACACUACAAGUUCAAUGUUGUGACAAAAAAUGCCACAAGAUUGUGCUCAACCAAGCCAAUUGUAACCAUAAAUGGAAAGUUCCCAGGUCCAACCAUCUAUGCUAGAGAAGAUGACAAUGUUCUAAUUAAGGUUGUCAACCAUGUCAAAUACAAUGUUAGCAUACACUGGCAUGGUGUCAAACAGCUAAGAACGGGUUGGGCCGACGGGCCAGCAUACAUAACCCAAUGUCCAAUUCAACCGGGCCAGGCCUAUGUUUACAACUUCACUCUUACAGGCCAGAGAGGCACACUUUGGUGGCAUGCUCAUAUUCUUUGGCUUAGAGCCACUGUCCAUGGUGCCUUGGUCAUUUUACCAAAGCUUGGAGUUCCUUACCCUUUUCCUAAACCUCAUACGGAACAAGUUAUUGUAUUAGGUGAAUGGUGGAAAUCAGAUACUGAAGCUAUAAUAAACGAAGCUUUGAAAUCUGGAUUGGCUCCAAAUAUCUCCGAUGCUCACACGAUCAAUGGUCUUCCAGGGCCCGGCCAAGGUUGUGCUUCACAAGAUGGAUUUUCAUUGGAAGUUCAACCAAAAAAAACCUACUUACUAAGAAUCAUCAAUGCUGCACUCAAUGAAGAACUUUUCUUCAAAAUUGCAAACCAUCAAUUAACUGUUGUUGAAGUUGAUGCAACUUAUGUAAAACCCUUCAAAACUGACACAAUUGUUAUAGCACCUGGUCAAACCACAAACGUGCUUUUAGAAACCAAACAAAAACUAGGAAACUACUUAAUUGCAGCUUCUCCUUUCAUGGAUGUACCAAUUAUUGUUGACAACAAAACAGCCAUUGCCACUUUACACUAUUCAAACACACUUGGUUCCACAAUCACUUCCUUAACUUCUCUACCUCCAAAAAAUGCUACUCCAAUUGCUAAUACUUUCACCGAUUCUCUUAGAAGCUUAAACUCAAAAAAAUACCCGGCUAAUGUUCCUUUAAAGAUUGAUCAUAAAUUAUUAUUCACUGUUUCUCUUGGUAUCAAUCCUUGUCCUACUUGUGUCAAUAAUAGUCGUGUCGUAGCUGAUUUCAACAAUGUUACAUUUGUGAUGCCGAAAACCGCGCUUCUUCAAGCACAUUUUUUUAAGAUUAAAGGAGUUUUUAGUGAUGAUUUUCCUGGAAAUCCUCCUGUGGUAUAUAAUUUCACUGGGACACAAUUGACAAAUUUUGGAACUACUAAAGGGACAAGGCUUUAUAGGCUUGCUUAUAAUUCUACUGUUGAAUUGGUUUUGCAAGAUACCGGAAUGAUAACACCUGAGAAUCAUCCUAUUCAUCUUCAUGGAUUCAAUUUCUUUGUAGUUGGUAGUGGUAAAGGGAACUUUGAUUCUAAAAAUGAUGUAAAAAAGUUUAAUCUUGUUGAUCCUGUUGAGAGGAAUACUGUCGGUGUUCCGGCCGGUGGUUGGACUGCUAUCAGAUUCAGGGCUGAUAAUCCAGGGGUGUGGUUUAUGCAUUGUCAUUUGGAGAUUCAUACAACAUGGGGACUAAAGAUGGCAUUUGUUGUGGACAAUGGUAAAGGCCCAAAUGAAUCUCUAUUACCACCUCCAAGUGACCUCCCCAAGUGUUGAGGAAAGUAACACCAAUUAAGAGAACAACAUAUUUUAAUGGAAGGAGUAAACAAGGCAAAAGACUAUUUUAUUGGAAUAUGGGAAGAACAAGAUGUCCAAUUUUCUUAAAAAAAAAAAAAAAAAGAUGUCAAAUUGAUAUUUAUUGGUCUACUUUUAUUCCUUUUAGUUGUAUUAUUUUCAUUGUUUGUACUCAUCUUUCUUCUUGAAAGAUAUUUUAGGGUUUAAUCAUGCAUAUUAAUGUUAAUCAAAAUUUUAAGAAACCUUUCCUAUUGUUGCAUCAAAAGUUUUUUUAACUUGUUAUUGGUACUGAGUAGAGACAGGUUCAGGCACUAAUGAUUAUGCACUGAGGGAAAAGAAAAAUAAUCCAAUAGUUUUCAUGUCCAA